AUCUCUAAUCUGCACGACAUAUCCAAAGGCGGAGUUGCAGGCUGUGUUCGAGAGGUGCGCGUGAGAGAGGCGGAUGGGUUGGGCGGCCGUGGCAGCAGAAGGAUUAGGAGUACGAGGGUGCUGUUCUCUUCCGGUUGCGAGCGCCAAGUCGAGCCUCGGCAGGCCAACCAUCGUCGCCUCUAAGACCACGAGGCCGCGCCGCAGAGUGAAUGGCUCGCCGCCCCGCAAGCUGCAGCCUUCCGUCGCGGAGGUCCAGAAAGCAAUUGGCGUCGUCGAUGACCCCUUCCGCUCACCUGACGGUGCCUCUUCCUCCUCGUCCUCUUCUUCGCCGUUUCUUGGAUUCCUGCAGGACGAGAGCCCCGCGGAGAGGAAGCUUCGCAAGGCCGCCGAGUGGGUGGUCGACAGCACCGAGGCCCAGGCGCAGUCCGGGCAAAGAAUCCUGUUGCUAGUAUGUCUAAACAUCUUACCAGUGUGGCUUUUGCUCCUCUUGGUUGCAUCUGGAGUUGUAAAGUUGCCAUUUGAUCUCCCAUUCUGGAAUGAUCUUAUCUCAUAAGUGUCAGAAAAAUAGUUGAUACUCAGGUUUCCAGCUACAUGUACAUAGCAACUUAAUUUUAAGCUUUUAUUCCUGUUCAAUCUGUAUACCCAAUCUGUCAUGAAGUCAAAAUCCCCUUCCUUUUCCUUCAGCUGGAAAAGAGAAUUAGUUGCUAUAAAGAAGGUUUCAUGACAUUACAUGUAAGAAAUGUGGAGCAGUUAUCUACUUAUAUCUACAUUAUAUACACCAAGUGAACAAGGUUUAUGAUCA